AUGAGUUCAACGAGCAGAUCAUGGUUAGCAGCAGCAAGCAUCGAAGCAGUGGAAGCGUCGAAAGACCAAUUAGGGGUGUGCCGUUGGAACUAUUUGAUCCGGUCGGUGAACCAACGCAUAAGGAACAAUGUGAGAUGUGCUUCUCAUCAGUCCAACAGAUUCUUUUCGUCGUCCACCGAUGAGAAGGCGAAGCAAGCUGAAGAGUCUCUCAGGACAGUUAUGUACUUGAGCUGCUGGGGUCCUAACUGUUGA